AUGAACGGAACAGAGGUUCGGCAGCGGAAGCCGGCGGCGGGCACGAAAGAACAUACCCAGGCUUCUAGAGAUGCCGAACCACGCCUCAAGCAUGGGAUACCCAUGCAAGUGCUGCGUUCUUUGCUUCUCGCAACCUGGUUCAAUUGCUGCUGCGUUGUUAUUCUGUUAACGCAGUUAGUCGGUUCCCCUUUGUACUUCAUCAAGAAACAUUAUUAUUACGCCUGGAUGGCAUCCACCAAAAGAUCUUUUGGGCUGGUCAUUACAGCCCUUACCGAAUGGGGCUGCCCGACUUAUGUUCGGGUUAGCGGCGACGAGAGUGUACGCGGGCACAUCCACAUUGCAAGCGAUGGACGCUUAAAGACAACCUUUCCCGAGCGACUCGUCAUGAUUGCGAACCACCAGGUGUACACCGAUUGGAUUUACCUUUGGUGGAUUGCUUAUGCGAACAUGAUGCAUGGCCGCAUUUUCAUCAUUCUUAAGGAGUCCCUGAAAUAUAUACCCGUCAUAGGUCAAGGCAUGACAUUCUAUGGCUUCAUUUUCAUGGCCCGAAAAUGGCUGUCUGAUAAACCCCGGUUGCAGCACCGCUUGGAGAAACUGAAAACUCACCAUAGGGGUUCUGAUUCGGACUCGCCGAAGUAUGAUCCUAUGUGGCUUUUGAUAUUCCCGGAAGGAACAAACCUCUCCCUAAACACUAAACGACGAAGCGAUGCUUAUGGUGCUAAAAACUCGUUCCCACCCCUUCAACAUCAGAUUCUUCCUCGCUCGACUGGCUUGUUUUUCUGCUUACAGCAGUUGAGAGGAACCGUUGACUGGGUAUAUGACUGCACUAUUGGCUAUGAAGGCCCUCCAAGGGGUAGUUACGCUGACAAAUAUUUCACCCUUCGGUCAACGUAUGUACAAGGACGCCCACCGACUUCCGUCAACAUGUACUGGAGGCGUUUUGCAGUUGCAGAUAUACCUCUGGAUGACCAGCAGGAGUUUGAUGCCUGGCUUAGAGCCCGCUGGACGGAAAAGGAUGUGUUACUCGAGCAAUACUUUGAAACCGGAAGAUUCCCAUCCGCUCUAGCUGGUAGUAUCGAGGUUGGCAAUGAAGAUCAAACUCAGUUAGAUGCAGGCAAAUGCGGAUAUGCCGAGGCCCAUGUCCGCUUGGGGCAUUGGACUGAAGCCCUCCUACUCCAUUCUCCGACCGAACUUUCAUAUCCGCGUCUUAAAGCUCGCGCUGUCGAUUGGAGAAGUUCACACACGGCCGCCAUGGCGUCUCUACAAAAUGGCUAUGCAAACGGUAUGAAUGGGGAUGCAUUUCCUACGACCGGAUCUCUGGCCAAUCUCCGCUUCUCUGACAUUCCAUCUGCCAUCGAUAUUCCCGCAUCCACACUUGAUAGCGAAGUCGAGGUCAGUCUUGAAGGGCUCCCCGACGACCCAACCGAACUCUGCACGCUUCUGGAGAAUGAAAAGGCGGCGAAAAAUUUCUGGGUAAUCAUAGCGCUCGCCUAUGCCAAACAAAAGCAGAUUGACCACGCGAUUGACAUCCUGAACAAGGGCCUCGCGUCAGUUGCUCAAGGUGCUACGAAGGAGAAGCUCGGGUUACUGGGUUGGGUAUGUUGGCUUUAUUUGCUGAAAGGCCGAGAGGCCCCCCGGGUGAUAUCAGAUGGUGGUUUAGGCACAGAAGCCAGGACCAAGGACUACUACAUCCAGCAAGCGACGGGAAUACUGAACGAAGCUUCACGAUUGAACCCGUCCUUUCCGCCACUUUUCCUCGCUCGUGGCGUUCUAUCAUUAUUGCGCGCCUCUUUACAUCCCCCCCGACCGGUACGACCUGGAACUGUUGAUAAUUCAGAAAGGGUGGAAUCAUUGCGACAAGCUCUCAAACAAUUUGAUGAGUCCUCCAAAGCGUUUGGGGGUAGAAACGUCAUGGCCAUUCUUGGGAGGGCAAGAGCGCAUUAUCUUCUUGGACGCUAUGCUGAGGCGCUGGAAGGGUACCAGAAAGCCCUGGUGAGAAUGCCUGGAUUAAGUGACCCAGAUCCUCGGAUUGGCAUCGGGUGUUGUCUAUGGCAAUUGGGCUUCAAGGAUCAAGCUAAGGUGGCUUGGGAACGUGCCCUAGCACUGAACCCUGACUCGAAAGUUGCCAACAUCCUCCUCGCGGUAUACUAUCUCUACGAUAGCUCUCGGCAUGCUACUACGGACCCGGCGUUCGGUUCCUUGUACAAACUGGCAAUGACUCAAUACACCCAGAAAUCUUUCAAGUUGGACAAGGAGUAUCCCAUGACCUGCGCCUUAUUCGGCAGUUAUUUCCUCUUGAGAAAAUCAUAUUCGACUGUCGACACCCUUGCUCGCAAAUCAAUUGAAAACACCGAUGUCAUGCAGAUAGCUAGCGACGGAUGGUACUUGCUCGGCCGAAAAUGCCAUUAUGAGGGCGAUUUAGUUAAAGCAGCGGAAUACUACAGUCGCUCCGAUCAGGCUCGGGGAGGUGGCGACAGGGGAUAUCUUCCGGCCAAGUUUGGCUCCGUACAGAUGCAGGUGUCUAACAAGGACUAUGACGGGGCUAAAUUCCAGUUGGAGAAGAUCAUACAACAAACAAAGAAUCCGGAGUGCAUGAUGCUCCUAGGAGCUCUCAAUGCGGAAGAUGUAUUCGCAGUACAGAGAAGCGGGAGCAAAGAAGAUAAAUCAGCGGAAAUCAAGAAAGCCAUAACCCUUUUCGAAGGUGUUCGCGCGCUGUGGAAGGAUGAAAGUAAGAAGAUCACACCAGACGAGUCUGUCUUGGUGUAUCUCUCGCGGUUGUAUGAGCAGUCUGCUCCAGAUAAGAGCAUGCAGUGCUUGACGCAACUGGAAGAACUUCAAUUGGCGGAUAUACCGGAUGAAGAACGCCCCGAGAACGUCGAAGACGAGGAGGAAAUCAAGGCUGCACUUCGAGUGAAUCUGCCGCCGCAACUUCUCAACAACAUUGGUUGCUUUAUGUACCAGAGCGAGAAGCUGGGCCUAGCUCGCAACAUGUUCCAAGCAGCACUUGACUCUUGUGUUCGAUCGCAAGAGAAAGAGAGUGAGCUUGACACUGAUGCGCUGGUUACAACAAUAAGUUACAACCUUGGCCGGGUAUAUGAGGCGUCUGAUAUGCCAGACGAGGCGAAGAAGAUCUACGAGGGUCUCCUGGAACGCCACAACGACUACACGGAGGCAAACGCGCGAUUAACAUACCUUGCUCUCCGCCGUAGCCCAACAGACGAAGGGCCAAAGAAGAUGGCUAAGCUCUAUGAGACUGAUUCGACAAAUCUUGAAGUCCGUGCGUUAUUUGGGUGGUAUCUUAGCAAGUCCAAGAAACGGGCUGCAAACAUUGCAGAGGACCAUGAACAGAGGCAUCACAAGCAUACACUGCAGUACUUUGACAAGCAUGACCGAUACUCCCUCACCGGGAUGGGCAACGUCCAUCUACUCUUUGCCAGAGACAUGCGGCGUGAUACGGACCAGGAGAAGGAGAAGCGUCGCAAGAUGUACGAGCGUGCUGUUGAGUUCUUCGAUAAGGCACUUCAAUUAGAUCCUCGGAACGCCUACGCGGCACAGGGCAUUGCAAUUGCGCUUGUGGAUGACAAGAAGGAUUUGAGCACGGCAGUACACAUAUUCUCCAAAAUCCGCGACUCCCUUAAAGAUGCCAGCGUCUUCCUAAAUCUGGGUCACGUCUAUGCGGAGUUACGUCAAUACACACGCUCGAUCGAACAUUACGAGGCAGCCCUAUCAAAGGACCGGGCACGCGACGCACAGAUCCUAGCCUGUCUCGGUCGUGUCUGGCUUCUCAAAGGCAAGCAGGAAAUGAAUCUCGCAGCAAUGAAAACAGCCUUGGACUACACGGAGCGUGCGCACUCCGUCGCACCUAGCCAGGCCCACUUAGAAUUCAACGUCGCUUUCGUCCAAAACCAAAUCGCCUCUCUAACCUACAGUCUCCCCGAAACACAGCGGACUGUGCAAGACGUCCAAGACGCAGCCGACGGCCUCCGCACGGCAGCGGAUACCUUCGAGCGUAUCGCCCAGGUCAAGAACCCGCCUUACCCGGCUGAGUCUCUGGAGCAGCGUGCCAACAUGUCCAAGACGAUUAUCAAGCAGCUUGACCGAGCCCUUCAAAGCCAGAAGGAAUACGAGGAGAAGAACGCCGCUAAGCUUCAGCAAGCUCGUGAAGCUCGUGAGGCCGAGAUCCGCCGUCGCGAGGAAGAAGUCCAAAAAGCCCAGGAGGAAGAGCGCGAGAGGAAACAACGUAUUGCUGAGGAGCGACAACAGCUCGUCGAAGAAGCUCAGAAGCUAGCCGCCCAGCAAGCUGAUAUGACGACUGAGUCCGAGACGGGCGAAAAGGUUAAGAGGAAGAAGAAGACUGCAACAUCAGGCAAGAGGAAGAAGCAACGCCGUACCGAGGAUGACUUCAUUAAUGACGAUGAGGGCGAGGCCGGGGCUGCACGUAGCUCUGAGUCUGAUGAGAGUGGCAAGGAGGAAAGCGCGCCAAAGAAGAAAAGACGGUUGGAGCGAAGGUCUAGGGGUGCUCCUCCUAGUGCUGGAAAGGCACAGGGCAAGUAUAAGAGUUCUGAAAUGGUGGUUGAUUCAGAUGAUGAUGACGAACCCGCUGCUGCUACGCCGACAGGUGGUGAUGAUGAUGAAGGGGAAGAGGAAGUCGUACAAAGGCGCAGAGCCAAGGUGACGAGACGGGUUGCAGACGACGACGACGAUGAUGAAGAAGAAGAUGUCGCUCAACCAGCUGGAGAUGAUGGUGGCGAUGAUGGGGGCUUGUUCAGCGAACAAGAGGACACGGAGAUGAAGGAUGGCGAUGAGUAG